GUCGCGGAAAGGUAUUCAUUCGCUCGCAUCAAGUUCCUCAAGCACCUCAAAAUGGCCACGGUCACCACUCUCCCAAAGGACGUGUCAAAACUUGGACAGGAAAUCAAGCUGUUCGGAAAGUGGGACACCCAGGAUGUUGAAGUCAAGGAUAUAUCUUUGACAGACUAUAUCCAAGUCCGUCAUGCAGUCUACCUGCCCCACACCGCUGGCCGUUACGCCAAAAAGCAAUUCAAGAAGGCCCAGAUGCCUAUCGUCGAGCGUUUGGUAGACAGCUUGAUGAUGAAGGGUCGUAACAACGGAAAGAAGUUGAUGGCCGUUCGCAUUGUCGCACACGCAUUCGAAAUCAUCCACUUGCUCACUGACCAGAACCCUAUCCAAGUUCUCGUCGAUGCCAUCGUCAACACGGGUCCCCGAGAAGAUUCUACUCGUAUCGGUUCGCAGGGUACGGUCCGGCGUCAAGCUGUUGAUGUCUCCCCACUAAGAAGGGUUAAUCAAUCGAUCGCUCUUCUUACCACCGGUACACGUGAAUCUGCAUUCCGCAACGUGAAAUCCAUUGCUGAGUGUCUGGCUGAUGAACUCAUUAACGCCGCUAAGGGUUCCUCAAACUCUUACGCUAUUAAGAAAAAGGACGAGCUCGAGCGUGUGGCCAAGUCCAAUCGGUGAAAACCGUACCCGUUGGGGUCGGGCAGGGGCGAUACAUAUGGCUAUUAUGGGUUCUCUGGAUAUAAAUUCAUUCUGCUCGCAUUUCCAUCCCACCUUCAUGACCAAUCCAUGCCAUCAUGCUUUGCCUCGAUAUAUAUUAUGCUUCACCCAUCGUUUUGCCUUGCAUCAUCUGCUAUGUGCCAAUCGUGAUAUAAGUUAUACGCCGUGUAGUGUUUCUUGGGAACAGUAAAAGAGCGCCAUCGCACGUUCAC